AUGAAUGGACCGGCUACAAGAAAAGACCUCAUGAUAGUCAAUAUGGGACCUCACCACCCCUCAAUGCACGGUGUUCUUCGACUCAUCCUUACUUUGGAUGGUGAAGAUGUUAUUGACUGUGAACCAAUAUUGGGUUAUUUACACAGAGGGAUGGAAAAAAUUGCAGAAAACCGAACAAUUAUACAAUAUCUACCUUAUGUAACACGUUGGGAUUAUUUAGCUACUAUGUUUACAGAAGCAAUAACCGUAAAUGGUCCAGAACAGUUGGGAAAUAUUCAAGUCCCCAAAAGAGCUAGCUAUAUCAGAGUAAUUAUGUUGGAGUUGAGUCGUAUAGCUUCUCAUCUGUUAUGGCUUGGCCCUUUUAUGGCGGAUAUUGGCGCACAGACUCCCUUCUUCUAUAUUUUCAGAGAACGAGAAUUAGUAUAUGAUCUAUUCGAAGCAGCCACCGGUAUGAGAAUGAUGCAUAAUUUUUUUCGUAUCGGGGGAGUCGCGGCUGAUCUACCUCAUGGAUGGAUAGAUAAAUGUUUGGAUUUCUGCGAUUAUUUUUUGACAGCGGUUGCUGAAUAUCAAAAACUUAUUACACAAAAUCCUAUUUUUUUAGAACGAGUUGAGGGAGUAGGUAUUAUUUCUGGAGAAGAGGUCAUAAAUUGGGGGUUAUCAGGACCAAUGCUACGAGCUUCCGGAAUACCAUGGGAUCUUCGUAAAGUUGAUCGUUAUGAGUGUUAUGACGAAUUUGAUUGGGAAGUUCAGUGGCAAAAAGAAGGCGAUUCAUUAGCUCGUUAUUUAGUCAGACUUGCUGAGAUGACGGAAUCCGUAAAAAUUAUUCAACAAGCUUUGGAAGGAAUUCCAGGGGGACCUUAUGAAAAUUUAGAAAUACGAUCUUUUGAUCGAGCAAGGUCUCCGGAAUGGAAUGACUUUGACUAUCGAUUCAUUAGUAAAAAACCUUCGCCAACUUUUGAAUUGGCGAAACAAGAACUUUAUGUGAGAGUCGAAGCCCCCAAAGGAGAAUUGGGCAUUUUUUUGAUAGGGGAUCAGGGUGGUUUUCCUUGGAGGUGGAAAAUUCGCCCGCCGGGUUUUAUCAAUUUGCAAAUUCUUCCUCAGUUAGUUAAAAGAAUGAAAUUGGCUGAUAUUAUGACAAUACUAGGUAGCAUAGAUAUCAUUAUGGGAGAAGUUGAUCGUUAA